AUGUCGACUGAAAGUGGACUUUUAAAUUUAAAUUCAAGCAAUAUCGAUUUAUAUCAGGAAGAAAAACUCAAGCCUCGAUUAAUUUUACGAUCUAACGAAAAGAAACAAUUCAAGCUAAGAUUUCGUCCGUUGGAAAUGGGAGAUCAUCAAGAAAUUUAUACUUUUUCGAUAGUUGAUAACCCUAACACCACAUAUCGUAUCGAAGUUAACGGAUUUGCGACCAUUCCUAAACUUGACAUGAACCCCCGCAUCAUUUUUCCAAAAAUAACAACGUGUCAGUCUAACGGUGGAUUUCGAAGAAGACGAGCACAUCGUCGUGCAGUGGAAUUUACUUUAAAAAAUCUAACACCGAUAGAAGCAGAAGUAUCGUUACAUUUCAAGGAUCACAAUUUAAAUGGAUUUAACGUUCAACCAGAAAAAUUAAUUAUUCCUGCUAACGAAGAUAAAAAGUUGAUUGUGUCAGCUGGUGUUACCAAACUUGGUCCUCAUUAUAACACAUUAUAUAUCUGUAUAAAAAAUAAUCCACGCGUUGAACUUCGAUGUUAUGGCAUCAGAUUGGAGGUUGAGUUGGAUGAAAAACAAUUAUCUUUUGGACGUAUACUUCUCUACAGAAAGGAAAAUCGUUUUAAUACAAUUCGAAAUAAAUCCACCGUACCAAUUUUUUGGCAUUUUGAAUGCAAAGAACCUCUCGAUGCACAAAUAACGUUUACCCCAAAAAAAGGUCUUUUAUUACCCUUAAAAGAAGAAAGAAUCGAAUUUUCCUACAAUGCUAGUACAGUAGGCGUGAUAGAAAAUGAAAUCAAUUUUCAAGUAUUCUUGAACGAAGACGACGAAGAUCCAGUUCAUAGCGAAAUUAUGACAAUUUCGGCUGAAACUUAUGACGUACUGAUUGACAUCAAUUAUGCUAAUCCAAUAGAUUUGGAAGUGGUCAAAGUCGGUCAUCCUGUAAAUGCACGUUUCACUAUUAAAAAUCGUGGAAAUUACGAAGUUAAAUACGUCAUAAAAUUCGACGAAGAUGUUAAACUGAACGAGAACGUAGCAAGGCCUACAAACGUGAAAAAAAAUGUAGAAAUUGAUCCAACUUCCGGUUCAAUACAAGCACAAAAAACAAUUACCGUGCAAAUGACGUUUUUACCAAAAAAUGAAAUUCGUUUGAAGGAAGCUCCCAUAUUGAAGUGUCACAUUAUCGACACAAAUAAUCAAGCUAUGAUAGUAGCAGAAUUUCCAUUAACCGUUUCCCUUCUAGCUUAUUAUAACAGAUUUCAUUUAAAUCCUUAUCCUGAAAUAAAUUUUGGUACAAUCCCGAUUUGCACUAAGAAGAUCAUGUAUCUCGAUAUCGAAAAUACAGGUGGCUUUGCAGAAGUAAAUAUUAAUAAAACGUUGAAUAUUGGUCCAUUUGUUUUAACGAAAUUCGAAGCUGAAAUUGAAGCCGGUCAAGUCGAUACGGUAACCAUAGAAUGUUAUCCGGAAAUUAUUGGUUCUCAGGAAGAACAAAUUAUCGUAUUUGUUCCGGAUACAGUUAUGGAAUACUCGGAGGGGAAAAAAGUAACUUUGUGUGUUGAUUCUUGCAUUCCAUCGAUCGAUUUCACCAAUUUCGAUCGUAUGUUUCGAAAUAAUCACAUUGUCGAUAACAUCGAAGACUUUGUUUGUCCUAAAGAGAUCAGUGCUCAUACGGUAUUUGCGCGUCAACCAAAGUGCCUCCAUUUUCGCCGUGUCACUAUGUCAAGCACACACACGAGUUGUUUCGAGCUACACAAUAGAGGUAUCGUACCUGCUGACAUAGAAGUCAAAGCUUUCGUUAAAAGCCCUUCGAACGUGAAACCUACGACUUUCGUUGUGGAACCACAAAAGGAACGGAUACCAGCUCAUAGUCAUACAAGGAUCAACAUCACUUUCGCUCCUUCAUUGAUCGAUACUUAUCACGGCUAUUUAGAAAUUAAAUUGAACUUACCAAAACACUUAGACGAAGAAAAAUGGAUAAUCGAUCUAAUCGGCGAAUCCUGUGUACCGGAAAUCACAAUAACUGAACCACCAGCAAUCAAUAGUGUACGUGAUGGACCAAUCGUAAGAUUUCAUCGUACACUCGUUGAAGAAACGAGUACCGACAAGUUUGCCUUUCAAAAUAUCGGAUUGGUUCAAGCAAAUGUUAUCGUUGAAAUUUAUGAUGAUCCCAAUACAAUCUUCAGCUUCUCAGCUACUACUGAGACUCAAAUUCUUUUACGUAGUACUACGGAUUUUGUAAACGAUGUUCGAGACAAUCGUUACGUCGUUGUUCGUACGAUGCCACAAGAUGUUGCCAGUUUCGAAGUUAAGUUUUAUCCGAAAGAUAUUGGAAAAUAUACUGCUCGCAUACGACUUUUUGUUGUCGACAAUCCUUACGAUAAUUUAAUAAUAAAUCUCGAAGGUGAAAGCUUCGUCGAAUUAAUCGUACUUCAGGAUUUAGAACUUUUGAAUUUUAAAUCCGACAAUCGUCGUGAAUACAACAAUUCGAAGAAACAAAAAUUAUCGUCUACGCUAAAACCAAUACCACCGGUGUUUCUUUCCUAUAAACUGGAUUACGGUACUUGUCAUAUCAACAAAAUGUAUACAAAAACAUUCAAGAUCAUAAACAAAUCUUUAAAUCGAUGCUUCCGUUUUCAAUGGACUCCACAUCCUAACGUUGUUUUCAUGCCAUCGAUUGGACAUCUUCAACAUUCAACGAGCAAACAAGUUACCGCUACUUUGCUAGAAUCCGAACCUAAGAAGCACGAUGGUGUAAGUUUUGUUGAAAAUAGAACAAAACUUGAGUGUGUCGUUAACCAAAUCGAAAUAUCGAACAACACGGGAGAAACUUCUUGGGACGAUAGGCAAACCAUCGUACGGUGGGAGAAAAUCGAUAUUGCUGAUAGUAAUAAGGAGGACAGCUUAUCGAAAAAGAGCGUGAAACCAACUAUCGAGCCAGAAUAUAUAGCGAUACCUGGAACAACUAGGUGUAUAAUAUUGUUAAUGAAUGCAGUUGUUGGAUAUUCGGAAUAUUUGUCUACAGCAUCUGAGAUCAAUUUCAAAGACACUCUAAUGUUCCAAAAACGGGAAUACACGUUUACUUUAUCAAAUCCAAGCAACGUUAAUACGGAUUACGAAUGGAUUAUAAAUAUGGAUGAGGAAUAUCCAAAACGAAUCUCAGGUAGUACGGUACGCCUAAACGAAAAAUCAAGAUCACGUAAAUCUCGUUCUCGACCAAGUUCUAGAUCAUCGCGAGGUGUUCUUUACCCAACCGAAGAGAACGAUAACGAUAAUUUAUGUUUACAUCGUUGUAAACCACUUUCUAGUUAUGAACCUUUUUUAGAUAUUAAACCACAUCCAUGUACCUGCAAAGGAUCGGAUCUUUAUAGCAGCACAGCUUGUCUGACGGAUCGAAGUACCGACAGUUGGCUCGAAGGCGAGGAUCUUCCGUUCAAAAUAGUUCCUGAAACUGGGACGAUGCUGCCUGGAGAAUCUGUAGAAUGUAUUCUGACAUUUUCCCCUAGAGAUGUAUUCGAUUACAUGGCCUAUCUUAACUGCAAGAUAAAUAAUCUUAAUCCAAAAUUAAAAGAAUUGGUGAUACCUAUUAAAGCAAGAAGCGUCCUUCCUUAUUGUCACUUUGAUGUACCUGAAAGUGAUUACAUAAUUAGUGGCAAACGUGAUCAACAAUUACCAGGACCUAUUGGAUAUUCAAUGAUUGAUACGAUAGUAGAAAACAUCAGAGUAAUUGAAUUAAACGUCAUUGGUGUUGGUAAUGUUCACACAAAAAAAUUUUCUAUGAUUAAUCCUACGGCAGAUAAUUAUCAUUUUUCUUGGAAGGAUCACACUCCUUGUUCCGUUAACGAAGUUUCCAAUUUUCAGUGUUUAACAUCCGAAGGAAUUGCAGAACGUGGAAAACAAACUGAAAUGGUUUUCACAUUUUUAUCAACCGACGUUGGCAUUUUUGAAUCAUUUUGGAUGUUCUCGAUAGAACAAUAUGAUCUCAAAUGUCUGUUUCUUUUUGUUGCUAUCGUCAAAGAACCUGUAAUAUGCUGUACGAAACCUCAUUUAAAAUUGAAGCCUACUGUUCUAGAUCUCGAAGUACAAGAUUCCGUUAGUAUUAUUAACAAAGAAGAUUUUAACAUUUCUUUUAAAAUAUCGGAAGAAAGUCUUUACUCCGAAGGACAUUAUCAAAAUAUUACUGUGACACCCAUGAACGGUGUUCUUAAAGCAAACGACCAGCAUACAUUUUGGAUAAAUUAUAAACCAACAUUAGUAGGAGAGUUUCAAUUUACUGUACAAUGUAUUCUCAAAUUUUUGAGAAAUCCACUUUCAUUUAUCGUAACCACCAUAACUUACAACAUAAUGCCUUGCGUCAUUUACACUAACACAAAGGGUGAGGAUAUCAAAUUGUUGGAUCAUCAAGACAAUAUUGUUGACUUUGGCAAAGUAGUACCCAAAAAAUCUAAUGUUAUCAAUUUCAAAAUAAUCAAUUCAGGCAACGUAACGUUUUAUUAUAUCUGGGAUGUUGGUAUGACAGCAGAGAUUAUCAGUAUGAAUGCAUACACAAUUUCCAUGCCUCAAAAGAAUGGUCACGUUAAAAGCGAAUCUCACGCAACUUGUUGUCUCACUUUGAUAGCUAAAAGAAAAAUGUUCAUAAAGAAUCAUAGUGUUACCUUAAAGGUAACUAUUUUCAUUCAAUUUAGUAUUAAAGAAAAUAUUUUAAAAGGUCCAACUUAUCAAUUGAUCUUAAAAGCAAUAGUUAGUAAAUCUCCUAUAGAAUUGAGCUUUCGUCGUUAUGAUUUUGGUCCCUGUUACGUGGGAGAACUUGAUUCGUCCCCUUAUCGAACCGAAUUGCGCGUGAGCAAUGGCGAGAACAAGCCCUUAGUAUUGGAAUGCAAGUUCGAGGAACGGCCACAUAUGUCGCUUAACCUGAAUGGAUUAUCUCAAGCACUAGCAGGAAAAUCCAGUAUCAGUAUUCCUAUCAUUUUUCGACCAUUACAAGAAACAAAGUACGAAGAAACCUUAACGUUUUUGAUCAAUUCUACUAUAGAAGAAAAUGUUAAGAUCAUUGGUGAAGGAAUCAUUUACAAAAUUCGUCUAGUUAACCCACGUGAUAAAAUAAUCGAAUUGGGUAACCUGCCUGUACAUAGGACACUGAUAAAAAAAGUACCGGUGAUUAAUGAGGGUCGAGCAUCGGUUGACUUGAAAUUCGAUUUAAUAAGCAAUCUAUCACGAGACAAAAGAUACUUGCAAAAAGUACCUGCUAUCUGUAUCGCAAGAUCGUUUGAUGAAAUUAUCAAAUCUCAAGAACACGUAUCCCUGUUAGAAACAAGGGGAUCUAAUACAGAUGACUUGAAUCUUAGAAUGGACGAGAUGUAUACUGCUCAAGCUUUGACUAUUGAACCGUCCGAAUUAACGCGAGUUCGACCUAACGAGAAAAUAGAUUUGACGAUAAAAUUCAAAGCAACGUCUAGGAUGAAAAUGUUUACUGAGAAAAUAGGAGCCAUGGUUGACUCGACCCUUUUAUCCCUUUUUAUCCUUCGUGGUAGUUGUGUAGGACCAGAAUUUCGUUUAAACAAAACGUACAUCGCUUUCGGUACCGUUGUUCAUGGUUGUAUUGGUGAAACUGGAUUGGUUUUAAUGAACACUGGUGACAUCGGUGCAAAGUUUACAUGGGAUUUGUCAAAUCUACCGUUAGAUUUUACUAUUUCACCUAAAUCCGGCUACUCUUCUCCUGGUACGAACGUUCAUUUUAUCGUCAAGUUUGAACCGAUUCGGGAAGGAAAUGUAAUUGAAGGAUACGCAACAAAUGUGAUAGAAAAGUACGACUCAAUGAGAAUAAAAAUAAGUGGUGCUUGUACUAAAUUACCGGAUCCAAUUGAAACCUUAUCUUUUACGACAAUCGUUCGUUCGAAACAAUCCAAAUCCGUAAAUGUCUUUAAUGACAGUGUAUUGCCGUGGAAAUUAAAACCAGAAAUAUCUGGAGAAUAUUUUUACGUUGACAAUAUUCUCAAUAUCCCUCCGGAAGAGUCUACUUCCUGUAUUGUCACUUAUCAACCACUUGUUAUGAAUACUGAAGACAAUCUUCAUAAGGGAACAUUAUUGUUAAAAUUACCAGACAACAAUGAUCCUUUAUUAUACUCUUUACGUGGACACAGUUUGCCCCCACAAGCUGUAACCACAAUUAUACGUCAGUUCCCUGCAAAAAUGAAAUAUACAGAAUUAUUACCCGUGUAUAACUGGAUGAACAGACAUCAACGAUUUAAAUGUAUCAUAGAAACCAUAGAAGAAAAGAAAUUGUCUUUACAAGAAUCUAAUAGUAUUCCAAUGUACAGUUUUACUGGCAAUAAUAAUAUCGAUGUACCAGCAAAUAAUCAACGCGACUAUCGUGCUAUUUUUCAUUGUUAUAAAGAAUCAUACUUCCGGUUCAAGAUCAUAUUUAUUAACGAAGAUGGAGAAUAUCAAUAUUAUGAAAUACAAUACACCAUAACAAAACCGGAAGUGAUCGAAUCUAUCAAAUUAAUCACGAACGUACGUUCAUCAAUAUGUCACACAUUACAACUUUAUAAUCCAUUAAAGGAAAUUCCUAUAUCUUUUACAAUUAAUUGCCAACAUCCAGGAAUCACAAUUUAUGACGUUCCUACAACUGUCCGGCCAUUGUCUAGUGAAUUUAUUACAAUCAAUUAUUAUCCAAUAUUAACGUCUGAAGAAACGAUUGAAAAAUUAGAUAUAAAUUGUCCAGAACUUGGACAUUUCCCAUACGAAUUACGAUUAACUGCUUUACCUCCAGCCACAGAAAAAACUACGCAUGUAACAGCGAUGUUAGGAAAUUCUAUUAAAUUUGCACUUCCAAUAAGAAAUGUUACUUCGAAAAAAGUCGACUUUGUUAUCGAAGUAAACAACAAUAGUUUUAUUUGUCCGAAAAAGAUUGAUAUCGAAGGAUUAGGACAAGGUUUGAUCAAUGUUAUUUACGAGCCACAUGAUAUCGAAAAUAGUACGGCCGUUUUAACAGCCACUUCAAAAUUGGCGGGCAUUUUCACAUAUCCCAUAAUUGGAACUUAUUUGUUGCCUAAACCACAAGGCCCGUACACCAUGACAUUAAAAUCACCAGUUUCUAUUAAAUUUAAAAAUAUUUUCAAAAAAACAAAAACGUUUGAAUUCCUCACUAACGAUUCAUUAGAUUUCGAGACCAAACCAACAUCUCAAGAAAUUAACCCAAAACAAGAAAUUACUAUCGUCGUUAAUUUACGACAAACGAAUGACUCCGAAAAUGAAUCUUACGAAAAAUGUCCAGUAACAGGUAAACUUUCUGUAUUUUGCACAGAUCCUAAACUUUCUCAUGUCGUUUGGAUAUAUUAUUUAAGAGGA